AUUGCCUGCGCCUUGAUAUCAACCACAUUGCAUCUCUGCCACCCAUCUUCCACUUUCUCUCCCACCUCGCCGCGAAACAUGCCACCCAAGAAAGCGACCACCAAGUGCAAUGUCAAGAGUCCGAGGACGAAGAAGAGGUCCGACCUUAAGAAUCUCAAGUUCUACGAGCACACCACCGAGCAGAAAGCCGUCAAGCAUAUGGCCGCCUUGCUCCACCGCAAGCCAAAAUAUGGGUGGCCCACCGACGAAGAGCUUGCAAUUGUCCAGUCGUCUCUGCUGCCUCCGCCGACUCCCAUGGGACUCCGACCCUAUGCCACCGAUGCCUUGCUCAGCGACGCUGCGAUGUGCGUGGAUGACACUAGCUCCGACUGGUCACGAAGUUGUGGCACGGGUUGCAGCGAAUUCUCGACCGAUGAUGUGUACUCGCCAUCCUAUUCUCCUACGCUCGAAGACUUCGACAUGCCAUCUGCCUGCCCCUUCGCGCCACUUCCUCUAUCCCUGGAAGUCGACUUUGAGUCCGCACCCCUAGACGACAGCGCGGGCCCUGCAACGACGACAAACGCUUCGAAACCCGAGUCUCGCGUGCAAUACUGCGAAUGGGCGCACCGCGACGAUUCAACUCACAAUCCCUGCGGAUUCUGCCUGAAUACUCUCUUCGCCGAUGCGAACUUGAGAUCUAGGAUUUCGGACCAUCUUAGCCAAAGCGGGUUGGAGGCCGAUUUUGUCGGCGGCAAGUCGUCUUGGUAUCGCUGCAGAUGGAAGAACUGCGACAACAGCCAUUACGAAACCUUCUUAUUCGACGAUCUCGUGGAACAUGUCCUUCAUUCGCAUUACAAGACCUAGUUCGUGCGUCGAACAAGUGGCGUCUUCCGUCUGGAUUGCAUGUGGGCAGCUGCUCGGAGCUGGACACAUCAGGAAUAAUUACGUGAUCUGCGC